AUGUCGAUUCAGAGAAAACGUGUGAAGAAUGGUGGAGAUAUCAAUACUGAUUUGGAGGCACUCAGAAUGGAAGAUCUCGACACUACUGUGCAGAACCCUUCACCUUUGCAACCCCAAAUGACCUAUGCAAGUAUGCUGAAGAACCCUGUUGAUCGCUACAGGCAAACCAUGAUCGAGGACUUCGAGUUCAAUGAUGAUGACUGCACCUAUUCUCAAUGUAAGCAUGGCCAAAAUGUUUCGUUCUCUGAGAAAGUUCAUAAUAAGCUUGAUUUCGAAUGGAGGUGCGAUGUUGUUAUCAAAUUGAUGGGGAAACCCAACUCGACGAACACUUUUGAUUUCAUGCUUACAGGUCUCAGAAAGAAGUGGCAGGUGAAAGGGGAUUGGCAGCUUUUUGAUUUGCCUAAUGAUUUCUAUAUUGUGAAAUUUAACCUUGAAGAGGACAUGAACCAUGCUCUGUAUGGAGGUCCAUGGAUUUUGGCUGGCCAAACUCUUAUUGUCAGGAAAUGGAGGCCGGAUUUUGACCCUAUGAAGGAAUUCAUUGGGAAGAUGGCUCUUUGGGUGAGAAUCUUUGGUUUACCUAUCAAAUUCUUCAAGGACUUCACUGUGGCAAAAAUUGGUAAAAUCAUUGGAGAUGUGGUUAAAGUUGACAAGCUCACUGUGGGUCAAGCUAGAGGACAAUUUACUAGGGUGUGCAUUGAGGUUGAUCUUAGCAAGCCCCUGCGUCCUUUUGUUGAGGUUGAAUCCAUUGCCUAUCAGGUUGUCUAUGAAGGGAUCUCGUUGAUUUGUUUUGAGUGUGGGUGCUUUGGGCUUGCCAAAGACAAAUGCCCCACUAUCAAAGUCACGGAUAAUAUUCAUCCCAAGCCACAAACUAGAAACUGUGAUAAUGAGAUGACUAUUGCCAAUAAUGAUGAGAAGAUGGGGUCUGAUGUAUGUAUGCAGCAUGUUGCUCCACAUGGUGAGGUGAUUAAAGAAGAUAUGGGCCCAUGGAUGUUGAUGAGCUACAGGAAUAAAAAGAAAAAUGGUGAUGCUAUCAAUACCAAGAAAAACUCUGUUACUGGCUCUAGAUUUACUAUUCUUCAGGAUGAGACUGUGGCUGACUCUGCUUUUCCUGAAAAGACCAUUGAUGCACAUAAUCAUGAACAGUCCCCUACCAUUGUGAAUCUAUGGUAG